AUGGCGCCUCCACGAUUCCAAUGCCUCAAUAUGGUGAGGCAGAUUACGAAGAAAGGACUGAAUGUGAAAGCCGCAUUUUCAACUUCCCAUGCAUCGAGGUUUGGUACGUUAGAAUCGCAUGACCAGCUUCCUCCUCUCACACCUGUUAACAGCACCGCUCUAGACGAACCGCCCAGAGCCAGAGGGACGACAGAAGACCUCAUGGAUCUAUUUCCCCAACGUUCUGCUGCUACCCCCAAAAUGCAGCAGCCCGCGUCCCAAAUUACCCUCGGAAGCGGCGUCGUCACAGCCGACGCGCCUGUGGGGAACCAACGAGUCUACAACCUCAUCCGCAAGAGCAAGGUGAGGGCAGACGAGAGGAAGCAAGCGAUGCGGCGCUCCAGCGCCGCCACGGAAGAUUACACGAACCACCUCCGCGGCCAGGACCUGAGCAAGCAGAUUACGAGAAGGUGGAAGGUGGGGGACAUCUACGCGCCGCACGAUCUGAGCGAGGUGGAGAUGGCGAAGUGGAAGAGGAGGGGGAAGCCGCUGUAUGAUGUCUUUGACGUGCUAAACUUGAACCCGAUGGAGCACUACCGGAACUUCUCGAUCAUGUCCGAAUACAUGACAGAAAUGGGCCGAAUCAGGCAUUCCAAGGACACGGGACUGAGACCGGUGAACCAGAGAAAGAUUGCGAGGGCUAUCCGAAGGACGAUUGGGAUGGGCUUGAUGCCGAGUGUGCACCAACAUCCCGAGAUUCUUUACAAGGAGGUUCAGAGGUAUGAGCAGAACACGGCAUUCAAGGCGCAUGAUGCUCCGACGGGUAUCAUGUGA